AUGUAUGAAUACGAAUAUGAACUUGACUCUGAAGAUGAUCUGAAAAAGCUGACUGUUGACGAAAUUGCUUCCAAAGGUGAAUGGGUCAAAUCCCCUUUAAUGUUGAACGAGGGUUUAUACUUCAAGCAUAAUGAGCACAAUAGUUUAGAUGUCAACAAAUUGCAUAACUCCAUUUAUGAGUAUUUGGCAGUGGAGAAACCUCCCAUUAAUGAAACCACAAGAAAACAGUUGAAGCUGUUGUUUGAUACACUUAUUACAAUGUGUGAUGAUUAUACUAAACCAUUUGAUACUGGAAUCGAUAAUAGGCAGAUCUUAUCGGUCGAUUUAGUUUCCAAUAUUGUGUUAGCACUUGUCUUCCCUACAUACAGGUCUUCAGACAUAGACCUUCCAGCAUUUUCCAUGGCCUUCAAUGUGUGUCGAAUUGCUGAGUCGAUUCUAGCCAAACUGCAUUAUUCUGAUGAGUCUUCGCUGGAAUUCAUCCCUAGAGAUGAGUCUCCCCCAGUAAAGACGAAUUUUUCGCUCAAAUGGCUUCCGGAUCCAUUGCUUACCAGUAACGAUCAAGAACCCCAGGACUACUAUCAAUUGAAACUAUUGUAUUCUAUGCUAGUGAUAUGCUUAGUUUUGAUAGAUAAGCUUUCCCGACUCGAAGACCCGCCAGAUCCAUUCACAUUUUUUUAUUUCAAUGUAUGGAACUUGCAGAGAACUGUUCUCGCUUUUGGGUCUCCAGUACCCUUUGAGUCCAGAGAGAGUCAAUACGCCGAAUAUCCAGAAGUCUUCGCUGACAUUUUAAAGUGGAGCUCUGCGGUACGUGCCACGGCUGCUGCGAUACUUAACAAAUCACGAUACGCAACUAUUCAUGAUUUCAAGCAUGAGUCGUUAACUAAUUUUUUGAACCCUUACGGUAGAGGUAUUUUAACGGGAGCCUUAAACAUUAAUUUUCCAGAGUACUUUUCAAUUUUGUUGAAGCUGGGUUUAACCGAAGAAUGUGCUAAACACUUUAUGAAUAAAUUGGAAUUGGCAGAUAGUUUGGACGACCUUGUUCGUCACAUCUUCCAACCACGGGAGCCUGUACAAAAUGAAUCAGAUCAGGAAUCCAGGAAUAGUCGUUCUGAUAUUGGAGAGGGCGAUGAUGAUGAAGAUGUCGAGAUCAUGGAACUUCAUCCUGAUUGCAACUGUGACUUUGGAUUAGACUCUGCAGAAUAUGAAAAUGAAAUAAUUGAUAUGGAUGACAUGGAUUCUGAACUCGACAAGGAAAUCACAGUGACUAAUAAUAAAGAAUUCUUGAAUCAUCAAAAAGAAGGGACAUCUCCUCCUAGUGGGGAUAUGCCAAUCGAAAACAGUGACGAAGAUUGGAGAGAUAUUGUGAGAGGUCGAAACAUGCUAUUUUCUUCCCGUUUUCGAAAACUUCUACAGGAUCCUUCACAGUUCUGUUCAUCCUGGUAUGAGUUUGUAGAUAUAAUAAAACGUCUCACUAACGAACGAGACGUUACUGAAAAAGAAAAACAGAAAUUGGUGGAUACCGUGGCAAAAUCGGUCAAGGAUGAGCUUGAUACUCAGUCAGAACUAUUCUGUUUACCUUAUGAACAACGACAGGCAAUAGAAGAAUCUAAACCCGAUGGGAAAAAGGCAUCAGAAAUCACACCCGAUAAGGUCUAUGAGCUGAUUUCAGAACCUCAGCUUUGGAAGAAACUGUUUGACACUGAAUCCGAUACGUUAUUAGCAAUUAUUGAUGAACUUUUUAUGGCCCCUGGUUAUAGAAGGGUCCUUAUAUGGUUUCUGUCUCAAAGGCAGUUGGAACUACAAUUGGUCGAAUACUUCCACUUACUUCUAACUUCACGCAGAGGCAAUUGGGAUUUUGAGGAAGAGAAAGACAUUAACCCCGAAACGUUCCACUUUUCUAGAGAGGGGCCUCUUGAACUAUCUGAGUUUGAGCGAAAUAUGUUAUUGCGCUUGUUUAUAGAUAAACUAACAGUAACCUUUGACAAUGACCAGAGGACAGAUGACAAUCAAACAAUAGCUGAACAUUCUGCACAAGAAACUCAUAGCUCAGAAACAGUGGCCAAUAAUACUUCAGACUCAUUUUUGAGUAUCAAAGCGAAAGAAAACUUGAUGACACUCACUUGUUUGGUAUUUCUUAGCUUGCAUAAAUCAGGAAUCAUUAGAAUCAAUGAUCCCGAGUACAAACUCUCAAUACAAAUGUUAGUCUUACCUUGGAUUGGAUUUAACGAAGAAGCAAGAGAAGUGUAUGUUCUUUCUAAUCGUCCAUAUCUCCCAACUGUCGAGUCUUAUUCUGAAGCUGAGACAAGUGCAGUCACAAACGACCAAGAGGUAACAAAGAACAUAGAGGCUGCAAGUUUGACUGCUGAGUAUGUUUCAAAAACACAUGCGCUUCUUGAUCAAACGGGACUGCAAAUCCCUGAUGAGGUAUUAAGUCCUUUAGAUAACAAGAAUUACGAAGAAUUUGAACACAGCUUGACAAAGUACGUUCGGGAGCAAAAGGAUGUAAAUCUGGAAGAUACCAUCAAAGUUUUUUAUGACCCAUCUUUUCCCAACUUAGUGGAUGUGUUUCAUCUGAAGAUUGUUGAGGAGGUAGUUACGAGAUACUAUCAUACUCUAGAGGUCCCUUCAUAUAAAGCUGUUGAACUUUACAGGUUGUAUCAUACGAUUACAGACAUAUCCAAUAGUUCAGUAGUUUCUGAUGAAGAUAUACCAUUUAUCCGCAAACUGAAGGAGCAAAUUGAAAAGCAAAAGAAUCUUGGAAAGCCCACUCCUCCAGCUGAUACUUUAGAUCGCUCUUCAUUCGUUAUCCAUUGUAUCCGAUGUUAUUUCAUUUUAAGGCAACUUAUCCAAACUAAACUUUCCAACGACUUGCUGUUCCCAUAUGUUGCUGAACUGAUUAUUAAUAUCUCCAAACAAACGGGACCAGAAGUUUACAAGUUUUUUGAGCAAGAUUACGAGGAUGUCACUAAGUUCAAAAAAGAUGUCAAGAGCUCUAUGCAAAGGUUCAUUGUACUUGCUAAAACUUAUUUAGAGUACCAAGAAGCCAUGAAACUAUCGUUACUUCUCUCUGGAAGCUUCCUGUUAUUGGAUUUUGUUAAAUAUCCUAGCUUUGAAGAGUUCGUCAAGAAUGGUCCUAUAGAUCGAUUGGAAGCGAAUUCGGAGGAAACAUCUACGAGGGAAUCCCAGGAGCCAGCAUCUGUAUAG